GGGCAGAAUAAUUUACUUAAUUUAUUUUGAACAUCAAAUAGGACACAGAGAGCUCAUUAUCUCUGUAUGAAUCCUUGUACCAUAUCAUAUUUUCUUGUCUAUUUCGUUUUGCAUUGUCAUUUAACUACAGCCCAAGCCCUGUUCCAGCCCUCGUGCAAACUGGGCAAACUCCAUGACUUUAUCCAUGGAAUCUGCUGCAACAUCCAACAUCAACUAACAAGGGACGUGAACCUUGACUUCAAAUCUCUACAGACGGCCCUGACCAGGCACCGUCAUUCCGUGGAACACUUGUUACCUAUAUAAGCACCUUUCGCCAUGUAGCAGCCCUCUGCUGCGCAUUAUUCAAUAAAGCACAAUCUCUUUGCUCCCACCAUGCGAAGGUCGUGUAUGAAGGACUAAACCCUCUCGGCCUCAAUCUCCGUCCCUCUUCCGUCACAGAGCUGCAAAUUAGGCGCCAUGGGCCCUCAAGGCGAAAUAUUCAUCAGGGCGCUAUCACGCCUCCUUGGUUGGAUCUAUACCUUCUGCUGGUCCGCCUCCUUCUACCCACAACCAAUCUUAAACUACCGCCGACGGUCCACCCAAGGCCUCGCCAUCGACUUCCCGACCGUAAACACCCUCGGCUUCAUCUGCUACAUGAUCUACGCCUUCUCCUUCCUCUACUCCCCAUUAAUCCGCCAACAAUACGCCGCCCGCCACCCCAUCUCCCCAGAGCCCAGCGUGCGCUUCAAUGACCUCGCUUUUGCUGUCCAUGCCGUCAUCCUCAGCUCGCUGGUCUUCAGCCAGUUCUGGCCGAGUAUUUGGGGGUUUAAGGUAUCCAAGUUCCAGCGGAUAAGUAGGCCUAUUGCGGGAGUGUUUUGGGGGUCUAUUGUUGCUGUUACGCUAUUGAUUGUCUUUGUUGCGGCGCGGGGGACGGGGGCUAGUCUUGAUCCCGCGGACUGGGCGUGGAUUGACGUGACCUACGCCCUCUCCUACGUAAAACUCAUCGUAACAAUCAUAAAAUACAUCCCACAGGCAUGGGUGAACUACAAACGCAAAUCAACCGUCGGCUGGAGCAUCUCAGCCAUCCUGCUCGACUUCUCCGGCGGCAUCCUCUCCGUCCUGCAGCUACUUAUCGACUCCGCCCUCCAGGACGACUGGAGCGGCAUUACAGGUAACCCCAUCAAGCUGCUGCUGGGCAAUGUUAGUAUCUUCUUCGAUAUCAUUUUUAUGCUGCAGCAUUAUGUCCUUUAUCGGGGGAAACGGGUGGUAAACAACGCCAGCUGCGGAGGGGAUGGAGGUGAGGCUGGGGAGGGUGCGUUCGCGCCCUUGUUGGGUGAUCGGGGCCGUGGGGAUGGCGGCAGGUCGAGGCUCACGGUUGCACUGCCGUGAUGGUAAUGCAUAAUUUCAGUUCCAGGAUACCUAUUUACCCAGGGUUAUCUUGUUUCUCGUCUCAGCAUGAUCAAAGCGCAAUUUACGUCAUCUCACGAUUUAUAACUAACUCACAUGCGACACUAGAGGGCUACGCAAUUUCAUUUUACGCUACAAUGUUCCUUUUUUUUCUUUUUCUUUUUUUUUUCGGUCUAUCCCAAGCGUUACUUUUACCGCCGACAGCUGACGAUAGCAGGAUAAUGUCCUGGUUUAUAUAUGAAAUAUAGACAUCCGUGGUACUUUAGAUAAUGGCAUGAAUGAACAUAAACCUUAACUAACAUACACGUACAAUAGCCCGAAGAGCUAUUUAGUUGAGUCAUACUUAUAUUUCUCCCCAUUCCUCAUCCUUAUCGUCAUUUUCAUCUCUUCAUUAGCCCUCUUACCAUAAAAAGUUGAAAACCACAUAAAACCCAGCAAGGAAAUUCACAGCAUGAAACUUUUCUUGGGGGGGGGG